CUGGUCAUACAGGUCGCGGUUUGCCAUUCGUUAGCCCAGCGCUUGCGCCAGCCAACGCCAUGCUGGGCUUUCAUUGGAGCUUCAUCGCCUUGCUGGGUUUCCAGACAGUUCCCGCAUGCUCCCGCGAGGUGAAGCUCUUGCCAUACUUGUUGGGAACGGCUCCGAGGCCAGCCAAGUGGCUGGCGCUGAAGAAUUCCAAUGAAAGGAAGAAAUUUCGGCAAGCCACAUGCUCAUUUGCCUCGAUCGGCUUCAUGAGCAACCUGGCGCGACUGACCUUCAUGAUGCGAAACAUCGUGAACUCCUGCCCUCAGUCGGCAAUUGAUACUGCAUCCUACCAGCCUGGGGAAGAGGCCACACUUCCGGUUAAAGUUACUUGGCUCGAUGCUUGGCAAUUGGAAAUGACUAAAAAAGCCGCGCUGAACGGCUGUGGCUCGGCCAUCACUGGGACCCGGAACCCACAUGGGAGGACUUCAUUGACAUUGAUGACAUUGUGAAACGCAAUCAGAAACAUUCACAACACCACACAGUGCAAUCCCCUGAAGACAGCCGAAUCUUGACAUGAUCAUUUGGCAUAUGAAUUAUGACUUCUUCACGGUGGAGCAGUUUCCAAUGCUUGAUGUUUGUGUCACGUGGGUCUUUCGGUGACGGUGAGUCUUUCCUGAUUUCCUGGUUUUCUUUGCUCAUCGAUGUGUGACCCUCUCUGGUAUGCUUGGUUUGCUUGUGUUCCUGUGACCCAAUGACAAUGAACGCACGGCCACGGGGGAAGGUAGAUCAAAGGAACCCGGUUUGCCAUCGAGCCAGGUUUGCCUGCUGAGUACCACCGCCUUGUUUGCGGCUCUGGCUCAACUUGCACGAUCCCUAACGGUCCUGAUCUCCACCUGCGAACGCACUGCCACAGUGGAUGAGGGCUGCGCCGCGUCGAUUGAGACCUUGAUGGUGCCCGCCGUGCUCUUCAUCAACGGCGGCAUCGCCAUCUCUGCAGCCUGCGACAAAGGAGCUAUUGACCUUCCGAAAGAGAUUGAGCCGGGGCGACGUUUGAUGAAUCCAUUGGAUUUGCCUGUGAAGCGUCAAUGGGACAUUGCUCAAUGUACAGUGGAUGCCAUUGACGCGACGCGCUCGGUGGCGGCGAUAGGCUUGUCCAUGGACGCGGUGGCACGGAAUUGCCCGGUGAACUACGCGACGCCCUUCACGGAGGAGCUCAGCCGGACUGCCUGCACGGUGGACGUUUCAGUGCUGCUGACCUCCUUUACAAGACUGGUUUUCUAUCUCGCUCUGGCAGUGAAUCACUGCUCCCCAGAACCUGAGAGAGAUGCCAUUUGCCUGGUGGGCGUGGCGGCCAUUGCUGCUGGAGGGACCACCACAUCUGCCGGUGCCGCGGGGACCCAUGCGACCUGCAAUCUUGGAAGAAAGAGGCAAUUUAUUCAAAGGCUUGAAGAGAUGCAGGCCAAUGAGACACUGCCUGAAGAAGAUGCGGCUGCCGCUGCCGCUGCAGAUGCCGCUGUCAACAACGCGCCCUUCAAUAUCAUUCGGCGGUUGGUGAAGCGAAGGCGGCUCAGAAGUCUAAAUCGGAGCCGAGAAAUGGAGCGAAUUGAUGAGAUCUGGCUGAAGCUGGGAUACAACCUCUCAGAUGCAAAUGCAAGUUGGUUGAAGGAGGACAGCAACCCGGAGAUCUUAGAGAUCCAGGCCGAGGCUGAAGACUUUCGAAGGAAUGUGGCGUCAUCUCUGACCGCUUCGCAGCCGGAAUGGGCUCCUGGCAUGCCAUUGAAGGAAAGCAAUAGCUCUGGUGAAGUUCUCUGCACGACUGAUUCUGCAUCUCUCGGGUGGCGCAACGAGGUUUUGGGGGAGCCUAUGACGCUGGAAGAAGAUGCCUUGGCAUGCCAAGCGAGAUGUUCCGGGAUUCGAAGCUGCGGGUCUUUCUCCUAUUGGACGCCUGGAGGUCAUUGCCACAUCCUGGGGCACCUACUGAUGCCCAAGGGUGUGCACCAAACAACGCCUGGAUGGGUUUCUGGGCCUCCAGUGUGCCACCCGCAGCAGUUGCUGCCCGCCGCGCGCAAGUUGGCCGAGCAACAUCGAGAAUGCUAUCAUUCCCAUGCACUGUACCAACCGCUCCUCUCAGAUGUGGAACCUCAAGUCCUUCAGGAUGCCCUGGACUGCCAGAGCUGGUGCGAGCAGGAACCGCGCUGCGCCUUUUUUUCCUACUUCGCCCUUUCAGGGCUCUGCCAUUUGGCGCCAGCCAAUGCGACAAAGCUCCAGCCAGUGCUGAAUUUUGUGGGAGGGCCCAAGGUGUGCGAAUAUGAAUUCAAGACCCAAGAUGGUGAAUUCACCCAAGAUGGUGGUGACACGCAGUGGCCUAUGUUGGGACAAUGUACCCUUGUAGGCUUUCUUGCUGUGUUGAUUAUUAGUGCAGUGAUUUGUCAGCCCCAUAAGGAGAUUUUUGGGUUCAACUUUCAUCGCAUAGGACGUAUGGCCUCGCCAUACGCUGCUGCGCCAAUAGUGCCUGCUGUUGAGGAAGAUGCAUAGCCACAAAGGCACUGUCCCCAAAGGCACUGGUCUUGUGCGGAAAAAGCAGCAAAUGUGAGUGAAAGCCAUGCCUUCUGCCAUUUUGCGGGUGAGUCAAAACCAAACGAAACCAAAAACAAGG